AUGGCCUUGAAUUCGUACAUGCACACAAGGAACCAGUAUAAAUUCAGAAAACCAUCAUUUAGAGAUUUAUAUUCAAAAUACGACUUCUUUAGAGAUGUCGCAAUUACUGACGAGAAUGGCAAAGUAACUUUAGACUUCAAGCAGCCGAAACAUCUUGCAGCACUUUCUCGAGCCCUGCUUCUUGAAGACUUCAAAUUAGAUGUCGAAUUUCCUCUGGACCGUUUAGUUCCUACCAUCCCAUUAAGGCUCAACUACGUUUUGUGGAUUGAAGAUAUUUUGGAAAAUAUGAACAAUAUAGCCCCUCCACCCUUGAUUCUGGAUAUCGGAGUCGGGUCAUCGUGCAUAUAUCCCCUUUUAGGGGCCCGAAAAAAUAACUGGAAAUUUAUUGGCGUCGAAAGCGAUGCACGAAACUUUAAUAGCUCCUUAUCAGUAGUCGAAUCAAAUUCCCUUCGCGAUUGCAUUUACCUCUUACGCGUGCAUGAUGAGCUGGUCUCACCAUUACCUCAGGUCUUUGCUGAGUUGUCCAAAUCGGACUUUAGCGGUCGAUCCCCCUUUCGAAUCGAUGUCGUCAUGGCCAACCCACCGUUCUUUUCCGACGUCGCUGACGCUGUUGCCGUGGAAAGCACGCGUUCGUUAUCUCGUUGCCCAGCAAAAUCAGCAUCGUCUGCCGCUAGACAAGAAAGUCAAACGCCGGGUGGCGAGGUCGGUUUUGCAACCCGGCUGGCAGAAGAUAGUCUCAAUUUCUCCGAUUCUGUCGGCGUUUUCACGCUGAUGUUGGGCAAAAAACGCAGCGUACCGCUUGUUCGCAAAAAGUUGUUCGAACUAGGAAUUACUCAAAACUCGGUGUACGAAAUGUGCCAGGGUCGUGUUAUGCGGUGGGGGAUCGCGUGGACUUUCAUCCCUAACUUCAACUUUCCGGUUUCUGAAUUUCGAAAACGAAGAAAAUUCAGGCGGCCGCCUUUAACAUAUACUCUUCCCGAAAAGGUUUCCUGUUUAUCCGCCUACAACCGAAAGACCCUAAUACAGUGGCUUUCUGAGGAAUUCAAGAAAUUGAAAAUGCGUGUUCUACUUCAAAAAAAUCCGGCCAUCCUUGGCGGUCACCAUUUGCUGAUUGAGGCCCAUGAAGACACGUGGACACAUUCCCGCCGGCGACGCCGAGAAGCUCUUCGCAAACAGGCUGAAUCUUCCAGCCGGGCGAACUCGGAGCCUAUGGAAUGCCCAGCCUCCACGAGUCCUGGGUCAUUUGUGGCGAACCCUGCCCCCGCCCACGUUGGUUCACUGAAGAGGCCGCAUAAGACGGACCAGUCUCCAACCUUAACCACUAACGAAGAUGAGACAUCAACACAAACGGCGGCGGCAGCGGCAGCGGAAGAGGUGAGUACGGAGGUUGCUGCUAAACGCGCCCGUCUCCAGCGUCUCUGUGAGGAGGGGGAGGCCUGGAUCGAGGAGCUGGAAUCGGAUGAUCAGAUCAGCUUGACGGCGGACCACACGGACGUCCUUACCACAGCCGCCUCGGAAUUGCCACCUCUCUUGCGCGCAAAUGUCUAUGUGGAAUCAGAGCUGCAUGGAUGCGGCGGUGAGGAAGACGAGGAGGAAUUUGUGUCAAGCGAAACGCCUGAUGGGGCAGAGGAUGCGAGUGGUGCUCAUGACCCGGCUAAUGGCAAACUAAUUGUGAAAAUAGAGUGGCUCGAUGGCAAGGACAGAGAGGUCGCUAACCGAAUCCUUUUUUAUCUUAAAAACAAACUUAAAUGA